AUGGUUAGAGAUCACACAACAGCGUUAGAAUACUUGAAGACUUUCGAAAAAAAAGAUGGUUUGUCCGUUGACGAGUUGAUGGACUCCAAUAUUAGAGGUGGUUUGACUUACAAUGACUUUUUGAUCUUGCCAGGCAAAGUCAACUUUCCAUCAUCUGUAGUCAACUUGCAAACCAAGUUGACGAAGAAAAUCUCUUUGAAUGCGCCAUUUGUGUCUUCACCAAUGGACACUGUCACCGAAUCUGAGAUGGCUAUUCACAUUGCUUUGUUGGGUGGUAUCGGUAUCAUCCAGCACAAUUGUUCUAAGGAGGAACAGGCAUCGUUUGUUGCCAAGGUAAAGAAAUACGAAAAUGGGUUUAUCAACUCACCAAAGGUUAUUUCACCAAAGACCACUGUUGGUGAAGCUAGGGCUAUGAAGCAGCAAUUUGGAUUUGCUGGUUUCCCAGUAACUGAAACUGGUAAAUGUCUAUCCAAAUUGGUUGGUAUCGUCACUUCUCGUGAUAUUCAAUUCAUUGAGGAUGACUCUGUACUUGUCUCUGAAAUUAUGACCAGAGAUGUCGUUACAGGUAAACAAGGUAUCACACUUACUGAAGGUAACGAAAUCUUGAAGAAUACUAAAAAAGGAAAGUUGCCAAUUGUCGACGCAGGCGGCAAUUUAAUUUCUAUGCUAUCAAGAACCGAUUUAAUGAAAAAUCAGAAUUACCCAUUAGCUUCUAAAUCCGCUACAACGAAGCAAUUGUUAUGCGGUGCCGCUAUUGGUACCAUGCCAGCAGACAGAGAGAGAUUAGAAUUGUUGGCAGCAGCAGGUUUGGAUGUCGUCGUUUUGGAUUCAUCUCAAGGUAACUCCGUUUUCCAAUUGGAUAUGAUCAAAUGGAUCAAAGAAACUUACCCAGAAUUAGAAAUUAUCGCUGGUAACGUUUGUACCAGAGAACAAGCUGCAAGCUUGAUUGCCGCCGGUGCAGAUGGUUUAAGAAUUGGUAUGGGUUCCGGUUCUAUUUGCAUUACUCAAGAGGUUAUGGCAUGUGGUAGACCUCAAGGUACUGCGGUGUACAACGUUUGCAAAUUUGCUAAUGAAUUUGGUGUUCCAUGUAUUGCUGAUGGUGGUAUUCAAAACAUUGGUCACCUUGUAAAAGCUUUAGCUCUUGGUGCUUCAACCUGUAUGAUGGGUGGUAUGUUAGCUGGUACAACUGAAUCUCCUGGUGAGUAUUUCUUCAGAGAUGGUAAAAGAUUAAAGGUUUACCGUGGUAUGGGAUCAAUUGAUGCUAUGCAAAAGACUGAUGCUAAGGGCAAUGCUGCUACUUCUCGUUAUUUCUCCGAAGGUGAUGAUGUUUUGGUUGCUCAAGGUGUCUCUGGUGCUGUUGUUGACAAGGGUUCAAUUAAAAAAUUCAUUCCUUAUUUAUACAAUGGUUUGCAACAUUCUUGUCAAGAUAUUGGUGUUCAGAAUUUGACAGAAUUACAGGACAGUGUUCUAUCAGGUGAAAUCAGAUUCGAAUUUAGAACUGCUUCAGCACAAUUGGAGGGUGGUGUCAACAAUUUGCAUUCCUAUGAAAAGCGUUUGCAUAAUUGA